CUGGAAGGUAGCAGGAGUGGAUUUGCUCCAGGUUUAAAACGUAGCUCGAAACCAAGUCUGGCAAUGUCAUCACACGAUGAUGUUUGGAUUGACACAGCAGCGUUAAGGGAAAAGAAACGGAAACGACAUGUGCGUCCUAUAUCCAAACUCCUCAACCCUUUGGCUCGCUGUGGAGGGUACAGCACGGCUGUGGCACUCAAUUUCACGCAGACUAAACUGGAAAUGCCAGCCACCAAACAGAGUACCAUAUCCUCCUUCUUCAGACCUGAGAGAAAGGGAUCUGAAAAGAAGUCAGCUUCAUGUCCUGGGCGUUCAGGAGAUCCAUCCGUCAGAAUCCCCAUCAAGUCUGAGGAAACCAAACCAGGAAAAGAUUUUGGAUGCCAGACCACAAAACCAGUAAAUGAUUUUGGAUGCCAGACUUCCUUCAACCACAGCAUAGAACUUCAUAAUAGUGACAUUUUCAAUAUGGCAGGUGAUGCAAUUCAUGGUGAGGCAUUGACUCCUCCUGAACAUGAGAAAAAUGUUUCCACCUCUGCCCUUAACUGCUCCAAAGAGCAGACAUUCCUGCAUUUGAUAACCGGAUACGAGUCUGAAGAGGAUGUGGAAAAACCUGACGAGAAAAGGAGAUCUUACGAAUCCUCUUUCAUGCUUGGUGCUGCAGAGAAACGGCCACUUGGCUGCCAGCCGUCAUCGUCAUCGUCACAGAUGUGGUCCUGCUUGCCGGUUCCUGAAACGUUGCCUGUCACCUCUCUGGACUCUGCUACUCAGGAUUCUCAGCGUCUUGGGCCCUCACAUCAGAGACACAUUCCAAAUGAAGGACAACAUUCUGUUUCUGGUUUAUCUGAACUAAGUGAGGGUGAGUUUAGGGCUUGGGUUCAGAAGCGUACUGGGAUCACCUCCACUCAGACAAAGUCCUCCUCUUCCUCCUCAGUAUGCUCACCAGCUAAGCGUGCUGGGAAGGAGAACUGCCCCAGCAGCACAUCAGUGAGGUGGAGGGAUUCGGGCUAUGGUGGAUCGCCGCUGAAAAACGGCAGCAGGCCCCCAACACCCAGCAGUCCGGCUGCUAAAGGCAGACCGUGGGAGAACAAGAGUCAGUCACCACUGAAACCAUUUAUGGAACCUGCAUCACCACCACGGAAGUUGAAUUCGGAAGCAGGCAGACCUGCUUCUAAACCCAAGUCAUGGACAACAAAGUCACCACUGGGACCAUGUCUUAAAGGUGCUCCACUACCGCUGACGCGGAAGUUGGACAUGGAAACCGACAGCAUGGCAGCCCUGUUCACUCAGGACUCUCAGGGUCAUCGAGUGAUCGCACACAGGCCUCUGCCACCCCAGCAGCGGUCCUGCUGGAGCCCUCUGAAGGACCGCACUAACACUGGUGGUAGAAGUAGUAGCAGCUGUGAGGGAGGAGGAGGAGAGGGAGGCUGGCGGGUACCAUCCGACGAUGGCCUGGAUGAGGCCGAGUCUGAAUCACAGCUGGAGGCUGAGAUGCUCUUCACCCAAGACUCUCAGGGCUACCUAGUUAUAAAACACUAAUAAACUGAAAAAGGUUCAUCAGGCCUGCUGCUAAUAAUUUAUGAACUGUUCUGUCUUCAAGGACAGGUAAACGUUUGUACCUGACCAGUGUCAGCUACUUUACCUCUGCAGCCUUUUACCCUUUCCUGGCCUUGAAAACGAAAUGGUUCAUAAGUUAAGCACAGUUAUAGCAAUCAUGUCUAGUACUUGUUUUAAUGACUAGUACCUACCUUUUUAUGUUGGUGUAUGUCUUUUUGGAAAAGUGAUCUUUCUAAAACUGUGUCAGUCAGCAAUGUUUUAUGGUGUCCACUUUUGAAAAAAUGGUUAAGCCUUUUAUAUUUGUGUGUACUGUACACUAUCUAUAUUUUUUGUAAAGUGAUAUAUUUUAGUAUUUAAGACACUGUGUUUUACAAGCACAUAUGUAUCACUGUCAACCGCAACCUUCAAUUGCAAGCAUUUUAUCAGUAAGAUGUAAAUGCCUAAUGUGAAACCGUAUGUGCUUUACAUAGGAAUACUGAUUCCCAGCAGCUUUAACGUAGUACAUCCUUGUUUCUCAAAUUCUUUUCACUGUAAAUGCUGCUAUAUUCAGCAAGCCAAAUGUUGAGUAAUGUCUGAAAUAUGUGGCACUGUGCUUUUAAGUGUUUGUUUUGUAUUAAAGAAGAAUUGGACAACCAUAA